AGGUUACAUUUGUCUCUGCAUUUGUGCAAGUGGCAUGGUCCAAAACAUCCAUAUUAGAAUUAUUUUGUCUUCCUCCUUCUCUGAUUCACAUUCAAGAUCAAUUUAACUGGUUUGAUUUUUUCUCUUGCUCCUUUUAAUGUUUCCUCAAGUUAGGAAUCUGAAUAUUUCUUUUUGAAGCCAUCAUGAAAGUCAAAACGUUGGUACGAAAUCCUGAUCAUUAUCUGAGGGAAACCAAGCGAGACAUUUUCAAAGUACCAAGAAAUUAUGAUCCAAGCCUUCACCCUUUCCAAGGACCCAGAGAAUACACACGGGCACUGAAUGCCACAAAACUGGACAGAGUGUUUGCCAAACCGUUUGUUGGUAACUUGAAAGGCCACACUGAAGGUGUGUCUGCCCUCGGAAAGCAUCCCUCCAGGCUAUCUGUGAUUGUCAGUGGAGCUUAUAACGGAGAGGUCAGAAUAUGGGAUUUAUCCCAGCAAACAUGCUUGCACCAUCUCCAAGCACAUGAAAGUUAUGUUCGAGGUCUCACCUUUGAUAUUUCUGGAGAACACUUCAUCAGUGUAGGUGAUGACAAAACAAUAAAAACCUGGGAUGUAGAAAAUUGUGGAACUUCCAAGCAUCCGGCUAAUGUAAUAAUAUCGAAGUCUGUGUUAUUAGGAAUUACCCAUCAUCGAACAGAAAAUAAAUUUGCAACAUGUGGUGAAGUUUGUCAACUGUGGGAUGAGACGCGAAACGAACCCAUCCGAAUUUUCGAAUGGAAUGUAGACAGUUUGCACAACAUUGCUUUCAACCAAAUUGAAACUCAUGUUUUAGCCUCUUGUGCCAGUGAUAGAAGCAUAAUUCUGUAUGACUCGCGCGAGACGGGUCCUGUCAGAAAAUUGGUAAUGAAACUUAGAUCAAAUCAAGUUGUCUGGAACCCAAUGGAAGCAUAUAUUCUUUCAGUUGCUAAUGAAGACUACAAUAUCUAUUCCUAUGAUACAAGAAAAUUCAAUGCGCCCAUAAUGAUUCAUAAAGACAAUGUUGGGGCUGUUACCUGCCUUGAUUAUGCCCCAACUGGAAAAGAAAUUGUCAGCGGUAGCUACGACAGAAGUAUCAGAAUAUUUCCUGUCCACAAAGGUCACUCAAGAGAUGUGUAUCAUACAAAACGGAUGCAACAUGUGCUCUCUGUUUCGUGGUCUCUGGAUAAUAAGUACAUCUGCAGUGCAUCUGAUGAAAUGAAUAUUCGUAUUUGGAAAGCCCGGGCCUCAGAAAAACUUGGAGUGUUGAAACCAAGAGAAAGAGACGCUCUGCAUUACAAUGAAAUGCUCAAAAGCAAAUUUGCCGGUCACCCACAGAUUAGAAGAAUUGCCAGGCAUCGCCAAAUACCCAAGUACAUGUUCAAUGCAAGGAAUCAAUUGCGCGAAGCUAAAGAGAAGAUCAAAAGGAAGGAAGCAAAUGUACGCAAACACUCCAAGAAAGGUACCAUUCCUCACGUUCCAGAAAGGAAAAAACAUGUUGUGGAAGUCCAGGAGUGAUAAUUUUUCCUGUACUCUUAUUGUUAUAUCGAUAAAGUUAAACAUUUUCUUUAAAAAAACCUCAUAAAUCCAUGGAAAAUUUAUAUUUCAUAAUAAAAUCACUAGAUGUGACAACAUCA